GUUGUUGACGAUCAAGAAGAUGGCCCAAAUGAAUCCAUUUACGGUGGCAGAAGAGGAUAAUAUAAUACAAGCUAGAUUAUCUAAUGACGAGAAGGGGCUACGACAACUAUCAAAGCGUCUAUUCAACUCUAAGAGCCAGCAAGAUUAUCAAUCUACAUUGAUAGAAUUGCAGAGAUUUAAGUUGCAAAUGAAUAGAUCACACCUCUUUGAGUCAGCGAUACGGGUACAGUCUAUAGAAGCAGAAGCUGAGAGGGAGAGGAUGGAAGAGGAAUGUAACUCUAUCGUAGAGCAAAAUAAGCAGCUCUUAUUUGAACUUGAGCAGGCGCAAUUAGAUAGACAGCGUAAAAUGGAAUAUGAUGCCCUCGCCUCUGAGAUACUCGGAUACCCAUCCAGAGACGAUAGUUCACAAGCUAUAGACGCGCUAGAAAACUCAAUCAGACAACUCCAUGAAACAAAGGAACUCCAGAGAAACACAUUUUCAAAGCGUGCUGUCACUUUUGCAGAGAUAUUGGACGCCUGUGAGCGACUGAGAGGCGAUGUCGGUGCUGAAGCUGAAGAAGGAAGACGGAGAGCACUCCUCGAAAUGGAACUCGAAGGUGAAGCUGAACAACAACCCCAGAAAUCUAAACUAGAUCCAAGCGCUGCCGUAUUCGAGCCUACUCAAUCAAAGAAAGCUGACCUAGAGGAAGGCGAAGAGGACGAAGAGCAGUAGGAAUAAGUUAUUUAUGUAUUAUUAUAGUAAUCUAUGCAUUUGUCUCA